AUGGCUCGGCCGACCUCGCGCCGAAAAGUUCUCACAACCUCUGGGGAGUUGGGGUCCGAGUCCGCAUGCUGCACUUUAUUCAAGCUGCAGGGUGAGCUUGUGUCGACGAGAUCUUUGCGGCGCAGAGGGAGGGCACUUCAUUUUCAGGCCCCAUUGAGUGUCCGGAAGCUUGAGGCCGACGACACGGAUGAGUUUCGGUUCCCACUUCUGAUUGGCAUGCACCUUGCACCGUCUCUGCAUCGGACGCGAAUCGGCCACAAG